AUGAAACCCCACUACCCAAAAACCCUUUUCAUUUUCUAUUCACACAUCAACCCAUUUGCCAAACCCUGCAAACAGUCCCUUUUCCAAGUCUCUCACUUUUCAGCUUCUUCUUCAAACCCAUAUCAUUCUUCACCUAAUCCUUCCUACCCGUCUCGGCGCCACGACGAGGAGAGCCGGAAUGUGAGGGUCUCGGUGUGGUGGGACUUCGAGAAUUGCUCAUUACCGGCCGGUGCAAAUGCUUUCAGAGUUGCUCAGAGCAUUACGGCCGCUAUUAGGGGUUGUAGGAUAAGGGGUCCGAUUCAAAUUACGGCUUUUGGGGAUGUAAUGCAGCUUUCGAGGGCAAACCAGGAGGCUCUAUCGUCGACUGGGAUCAAUCUCAUUCACAUUCCUCAUGGUGGAAAGAAUGGUGCAGAUAGGUCUCUUCUUGCAGAUCUUAUGUAUUGGAUUUCUCAAAAUCCUCCUCCUGCACAUCUUUUCUUAAUUUCUGGUGACAGAGAUUUCGCUAGCAUUUUGCACCGCUUAAGAAUGAACAAUUACAAUAUUUUGCUUGCUGGUCCAGAAAAUGCUCCUGGUGUUCUUUGCAGUGCUGCAAGUAUCAUGUGGCAAUGGAAUGCUUUGGUCAGAGGAGAAAACCUUAAUGGAAAGCAUUUUAACCAACCUCCAGAUGGUCCCUAUGGUUCUUGGUAUGGCCAUUAUUCGGCACCUCUUGCAGACCCUUUUGCGGUUACGGAGCACCUAUCUUGUUUCCAGGUUGAAGAGUUGUCUGACUCCAGUUCAGAUCCUAAGCUUCGUCAGAUUCCAAAGGCAGUUGUGAAGCACAUUCGCCAUAUAUUGGAUUCACAUCCCAAAGGAAUCUUUAUUACAGACCUUCGUGCCGAGUUAGCGAAGAGUAAUGUGAGUUUAGAUAAAGACCUGUAUGGGUAUAAAAAGUUCUCUCGUUUUCUUCUAGCAAUUCCCCAUAUUUUGAAGCUUCAUUCAGGCGGUGAUGGCAAGUUUUUUGUACGUGGGGUUGCCCCAGAAGUCCCCGACCAAGUUGAGUCCACUCCUGGCAUGCCUACAGGGCCUGUUACUGAUAAUGGGGAGCCAGAUAUCAUUGUUACUCCUAAGUUAAAUGCUGAAGACACUUCCUGCACUGGAGGUGUGGGGAAGACUAAAUCAUUGCCUCUGACAGUUGAAGAUCCUCCAAAAAAAUUGCAAGUACCAACAACAAAAGUACAAGAACCCAAAGCAAGAGUGCAAGAACCGCCUGAAAAAGUGCAAGAGCCACCAAAAACAGUGCAAGAAACCGCACCACUUGGUGAGGUUAUAAAUUACGCCAAAGCAGCUGAGGAUCAUUCGCAUCCUGUGCAGGAACAUGAUUCUCUACCUAAAGUGGGAUUUGUCAAAAGGAUCUGGAGGAUAUUUUUUCGUGGUAGAUACGAUGUUUCUGAUAAGAAAAGUGGUAGUCAACCAGAAAAUUGUUCUGCUGAAAAGAUGAGAACUGGAGAAAAAUGUGUCAAUUCUGCAAGUCAGUCCGCUGAGUCAAUAGGAGCUGCUUCAUUUUCUUCUGUCAAUGAGCAUUACAGAGAACAUGUGAACCAAACAGAAAGUGAUUCUCAGAAGCUUGAAGUAUUUUCAAAGGAAUCUUUUUGGAAUGACUUGGAGGCAUUUAUGGAUACACCUGAAGGAUCAGACCUUUUCUUGCAAUCAAAGACCAGGGUACAGAUGGCACAAAAUUUGCAAAAGCAAGGACCUUUGGUUCUCAAAUCACUUGGUGAAAGCAAUCUUCUUCACCUAGUGGAGGUAUUAAUCUCCGAUAAGAAAUGGAUUGUAGAAUGCUCGUCCCAAGCUUCCCCUUUUAAACUCAUUUGGCCUGCUGGAAAAAGUUCUAAAUUUAGUAAUCCUAAUUCAAAUGGGUUGAGAUCUCUCUUUUUGGGCUCACCAUUGCCGUCCAGUAUGCAAGAACUAGCAGAGCAUGGUGUAGAGAACAGACAUCAAGAUCAUCCUCGUACUGGAAUAUCUCCAUCUGUUAUUCACAAAAGAACUUCUGGCAAGUCCAGAAGAGAGAUACUUAGUGACUGUCAGAAGCUUGUGGAUGACAUUGUAAAGGAGUACCCAGAAGGAUUUAAAAUAGGCUCCUUUGGGAGAUUGUUCCUCAAAAGGUAUGGCUAUUCUCUUGAUUUACAAAAGCUUGGUUAUCAAAAACUGGCAUCCUUGCUACAAAUAAUGAAUGGUGUGAAAAUACAGUCUACUUACAUCAUCCCAUCUGGAAAAGUCACCAAGGGUUAUGGUCUAGAAACUGCUGAUCCUAAUGUUAAAGAAAAUAACGUCAAUGCUACUGUGUCUAUUUCAACGAUGGACGACAAUCUUGACUCACCAUGGGAGGAACUUGGGCCAAUUGCCAAUAAUGGUCCCAUAAGAAAUGAAAUAGGGUUAGGAUUGAGUAGGAAAGGUGAAGAACCGGUGGGACAGAUACAUAAUGACUAUGAAACCCUAUCAGGUGAUGACUUUUCUGAUUCAGAAGAAGAGAAUCUACCCUCAGCGAAAUCAAAAGGCCCAGGGAAGACUAGAAUAGAUGAGGAAGAUAGCUCAUUGCUACAGAUUCUUGACUCGUGGUACAGCAGCAAGGAGGAUAGCAGUAAAAGGGAUGCAUCAGGGACUGUUGAUGGGAUGGUGGAUUGUUCGGGAAAUGGUUUUAAGCAAUCUGCUUCAGCUGGAGUUGGCGGCGUCAAGAGUGAAACUCCUGUGGUAAACUAUGGACGGAAGCAGAGAGCUUCCAAGAACUACUCAUUUGUCUCCCAGCAGGAUAGUAAGGACGAGUUAAUUGAUGGCAUAUUGGGUAGUUUGAAAAAGUCAGGCGAGAAGUCGGCCGAGGCAAGGAUCUAG